UGGUCCAAAAAAAAAAGUGUUCCAAACAAAGACACAAAAGAUAGAAGUGAACCAGAAACCAAAUGUCUUCUUCUUAUUCAUUUUUGUUGGCUGGAAGAGAGUUGGAUGUGUUCUUGAGUUUCAGCGGUAAGAAAGCUCUUGACAUGGACUUCGGUUAUGAUUUGUCACGAAAUGGCAUCAAGUCUUUUAAAUCUGAAAGCUGGAAGGAGAAGAGUUUCAAGCCGAUUGAUAGACAAACACUGGAGGCUUUGACAGAGUCCAAAGUAGCAGUCGUCAUGACCUCUGAUGAAGAAGCUUCUUCCGUUGGGUUCCUUGAAGAGCUCCUUGUAAUACUAGAGUUUCAAGAGAAGCGUUCACUCACAGUCAUACCAAUCUUUUUAACAAAGCGUCCUUUGGAUAUGGAAGAAGUCUCUCACCUGUUUCCGGAGAGAGACAGGAUGUGGAGGACUGUGAUCGCCAAGCUGGAGAACAUAGCUGCGCAGUAUUCACUUUCUAGGAACCUUGCGGUGAUUCACGGAACGCACCGGCUCAAGCAGGUGGCGGAUGACGUUAGGCUUAUGUUUCUCUCUUGUGCGUCUAGUGACUUCAAAGGUCUUGCGGGAAUGGAUCGUCACUUGAAAGCGUUUCAUGAGCUGUUGGCUUUGGACUCUGACAAAGAGGUUCGUACUGUUGGCAUUCGGGGUUGUGCUGGUGUGGGAAAGACAACGCUUGCGAGGUACAGUUAUGCUGAGAUCUUUGUAAAGUUUCAUACACAUGUUUUUCUAGAAAACAUCCAAGACAUGAAACAAAAGCUUCUAGAAAACAUUGAAAUGGAAGAAGAUGUAACAAGUUCAGAUCAUGAGAGGAAUGAGAUAACUGAAGCAAGAAACAAACACAGGAGAGUUCUCCUUGUAGCUGAUGGUGUGAAGGACAGUGAACAAGGGCAAUGGAUCAAAGAGUAUGCUAACUGGUUUGCUCCAGGAAGUAGAAUCAUUUUAAUUACUCAAGACAAGAGUGUUCUUGAGGAGUCAGGAGUGAAUCAUGUGUACGAAGUUGGGUCUUUAAGAUAUGAUGAAGCACUUCAACUUUUCUCACGCUUUGCUUUCAGGCAGCCAUACCCUCCUCCUGAGUUCGAACGCCUCUCAGUUCGUGCGGUUCAGCUCGCAGGGUUUCUUCCAAUGGCCAUUAGACUGUUUGGGUCUUUUUUAACUGGUAGAGGUAAAGAGGAAUGGGAAGCUACACUUCUUAAACUCAGUGCAAAGCAAAGUAAAGAAGCAGUGGAAGUUUGGAAGAUUAUGGAAGCAUCAGAAGAUGAACAAAUUGUGGAAGCAUCAUCACAAAGAUAAAACCCACAAUAGAAGUAAGAGGUGGAACCUGUACCAUGUAGUGUUCUGUUUUAUCUUUCUCUGUUUCCUUGAUGUAUAAUGUGUAUGUGAAAGCUUCUAAACGUUAGUAUCAAAAGCUCAAACUGUUUUUGUGUUU